ACAUCGGUCCAUAAUUUCUGAUGGUAUAGCAGAGCAGGUACGAUUUUUAAGUUUUUAAUUCCUUUCAAUUCAUCCUCAUAUUUUUAUUCCCAAUCAAUUUUUUGUUUUUAUCAACAUGGUUGGAACACCACCACCAUCGCCAUCGCAUUCAAAAGCAAAGAAUCCUGAUGAAAAUCAAUCAGAAAAUCACUCAAACCUAGAUCCGUUUGAUGUACCAGCGUCGGAUAAUCCGUCGACUGUGCUUUAUUCCCCUGUAUUAACGUGUGACAAUUAUCCUACUUGGUCGAGAGGAAUUUCUAGGGAUCUAAGAGCCAAGAACAAAUAUGGUUUUGUUGACGGUACAAUCAACAAACCAGAAGCUUCUGAUGAUAAACUUCCUUCAUGGAUUCGUGCCAAUAAUUUGGUUUAUAUUUGGAUUGCCAAUUCUUGUGAAGCUGAAAUAAAACGCAGCAUCAGUUGGAUCGAAAGUGCUAGGGAUAUUUGGAUUGAUCUCGAAGAUCGAUUUUCUGAAACAAAUACGCCUAGAAUAUUUGACCUAAAACGUCAUAUCUGUAAUCUGAAACAAGAGGAUUUUAGUAUCUCUUCUUACUAGACCAAGAUUAAAAGUCUAUGGGAUGAAGUAGGUGCUCUUACACCAGUUGAGCCUUGUACUUGCGGUAAUGGAAAACAAGUGCUUGAGCAAUUAAACAGGGAUAAAGCUAUGGAAUUCUUACAAGGUCUUCAUGAUCGAUUUGCUGCGGUUAGGAGUAAUAUACUUCUCAUGUCUCCUUUUCCGUCAAUCGCGGAAAUUUAUUCCCUUCUUCGCCAAGAAGAACAACAGCAAUCCAUCAACAUUGAAGCUGCACCACAAGUCGAAAACGCUGCACUUUCAACGAGAUUUGAGUCUCGACCUCCAUCACGCAGCAACUACAACGGAUCCAACAAUAAGAAACCGCGUCCUUCAUGCGAUCAUUGCAAGAAAAUAGGUCACACCAAAGAUCGUUGCUACCAAAUUGUUGAUUAUCCAAACAAGCAAAGGGAUGAACCGAAUGGGUACCUAGUGAAUUCUUUUUCAACUGCUCCAAGUGGCUAUAUGGCUAGCUCUUCUUCAACUGUUUCUCCCCAAUUGACUCGUGAUCAAUAUAAUCAACUUUUAGCUUUACUUCAAUCAGGUCCUACACCACCAACUGCCAACUUCUUUAUUUACAUCCAAUCCUCUUUGGAUUAUAGAUACAGGACCUACAAUCGAAGAAGUUAAUUGGUCAGGAUGAUUACUACAAUGAUCUAUAUUAUCUUCGUGAAGCUAAUGCUCUUUCUAUUUCGCUUCCGCAAAAUUUUCAUCUUUGGCAUUGGAGAUUAGGACAUCCGUCCUCACCUAGAUUAGAUUAUUUAUCUAAGCAAUUUCCCUUUAUUAGUUCAGACAAAGGCAUUUGUGGGAUUUGUCCACAAGCCAAACAGUCUCGUUUAAAGUUUUCUUCUCAUAGUAGCUCUAGUUCUAGGAUUUUUGAGUUAAUCCACUUUGAUAUUUGGGGACCAUUUAGCGAACCAAGUAUUAUGGGGAUCGUUAUUUUCUUUCUAAUGUCGACGACUUCUCACGUUGCACUUGGAUAUUCUUAACGAAGGUUAAAUCUGAAACUUUUAAGUAUUUA